UUGAGGUGGGGAUCUGUUUCCUCUUCAUUUCUCUAGCUAGACGUGGGUAGAGUGAAGGGUUCUAUUUAUAGCGUGAGGUAUUUCGACAUCUCACUAUAAAUUGGUGUUUGAACGUUGCUCGGCUCCAUUUAAGCAUCGUUUUUCAAACAGGCUACAUAUCAGCGGGGUGAUAGCAACAUUCCAAUAUGGCGGACUUAAUUUUUAUGUUGCCUAUUUUCGGUAUUUUGACAGAUUGUGCUGUGGCGGGUGAGGUGUGCAGUGGAAACGUGUAUUAUUCUGUAUGGUACAAGUACACUGUCUAUUGCGAACACGGCUGCUGUGGGACCUACUAUGAUAGAGAGUGUUGUGGUAGUUUAGUCGGUCUCAUCAUCGGAGCAGUCAUUGGUGGUAUUUGCUUCAUUGGAGGGAUUAUAUUCCUGAUAUGUCUCUGUCACCAUUGUAAUAAAAAGCAAAAAGUUGGGGGAAUGGUGAUCUCACAAAAUCAACCUCAACCAGGUGGAAACAUGGCCAUCGUUAAUUCAACCAAUCAACCGGGAGUUCAACCACCUGGUGCGUAUCAACAUCCGGGAACUUAUCCGGGCACAUACCCUCCUCCAGGUCCUAACCAAGUACCAAUGGCGGCUUACCCUGCACCCGUUGUGUACGGCAAUCCAAACGAGGCUCCGCCAGCAUACCCACCGCCUGCCGCAGGGCAGUCAAAUCCAUUCUCGAUGGACCAGCAACUACCACAAAAGCAUUAGAUUCAGAAUCUCGAUUCUACCAAGAAUAUGUGAAUAAUUUUACAUGAAUUGAUGGAUUUAUAAUUGUUUAGAUAUACAUGAAUUGUCCAUGUCUUGCUUUAUAUCAAAGAUAUAAGCAUCUGUAAUUAUUAUGUUUUUCUAGUGGUUUUCACGUCGGAAACGAGUUUUAAACUAAAAUGUUGAGUGUUUUGUUUUGAUGUUACUUCUGUAAAAAAUAUUUUUAUUCUUUUAUGAAUUUUCUGUCAAUCACCUUUUCACAAUUUCUUAUUUCAAACAAUUUGUAAGUAUUCAAUGUAUGCUGCCUUCUGGAAUACCAAUCACUUCACUGAAGCAACUGACCUAUCUUUUCGUUUUUUCUCUUUAAAAUAUUUUUUAAACAUUCUUAAAUGCAGAUUCACCUGAACUGGAAGUGCCAUAUGUACUGCGCUAUUUUUUUUAUCUAUCUAGUAUGGAUACCUUAGUUAGGUGUUGAUAUAGGCGCGUAUUUCAAAUUUAGUCUUAUGUCAAUGGUCAGGAUUGCAAACCAUACUUAUAACUCGCACAAUUCUUGCACAAGUCGCGUUGAUAUUUAUGUGUUGCACGUGCAUUGUUAUGUAAAUGCCAUUGCAGUGUGCCAAGACACUGUAUUCUAUAUAAACUUUUCAACAAAUACCUGAUUGGUACUAUGGCAUAUUCGAUGAUGCAAUGUUUAUAAAAACUCGCGGUUUUUAAUUAAACUUUUUUUAACAUAAUACCAAUCGUACAAAUAAAGUGUAUCUAACCAUGAAAGUAUGAAAACAAAAUCAAAAACAUUGACAUUCGGGGCUACUAGUUUACCAUAUCACACAACAUUAGAUUUAAACAAUUACUGUGUAUUGAUAAUCAUACCGAUAUACUGUUCCGUGAUAUGUAUUGUCUUUCCAGACAUUGAUCCGCUGAUUUCUAUUAUGUGCGAUUCAUAUCUACAUGUACUCAACUUCCGUACAACUGAUUCAAAUUAUCUCAAUGACCGUCUGAAGAUUUAAAAUGAUUAAUGAAUACAUUUGAAUAAUUGACACAUCUUAAAAUAGUUUUGGUUAACACAUUAAUGUUCUUACAUCAAAGCUCCUUUGUUUCAUAUCAAAGGUCAUACGGCAUCCUGAGUCGGUAUAGGGAUAGGCUCGGCUGUACGAACGUAGCCAAACAGUUGGCGAGGAAGAGAGAUUCGAUUCACUUUGGAUUUCAAGUUGAAUCUGACUAAAAUAUGAUAUGCACACAAACUUGCGUACCGUUCCCUAGUUUAGUUAGAAUCCUGAAAUAUCGAUGCAUGUAAUAUUUUCUCAUGUGACAAUGAUUUAAAGAUGAAAAAUGGAUCAAAAGCGGUGGUGAUAACGACGCUGCAUCGACUGUGGAACGGACAUAAUCUGUAUAUUUAGGGCAGUAUACAAUGGUCAAUCUGAUUGGUCGACAGCUCUAUAAACAACAGUAACUAUAAGUGUCGACCAAUCAUUAGCCUACUUCUGUUCCACAGUCGAUGCAUCGAAGAUCUUCAAGUGUUACACCUUGUUGAUAUAGCAGGACUGGGGGCUUAUAUAUAUUUUCUAUUAAUAUUAACAAGAAGCAGACGCCUGUACUCACAACCACCAUCUCUUGUAUGAAUAAAUGUUUCAAUCACUUUGGGUUAAAAUUGGAUCACUGUUACAAUAAAAAGAUUUUCAACAUCCUCGUUAUACCAAGUUCAUUAAUUAUCGAAUACAAAUAGUUCUGUAAUUUCAAAGUCUUACCAACAGCUAUUUUCUCUCUUUAUGAUGUUUAGUAUUAUUUUUGUGCGACCUUGUGGUUAUACAGUUCUUACCAUCUUUUGUUACGUAUUGGUCAAUGUUUAAUAAUGAGGGGAUUCUUAUCGCUUGAGAUGACAUGUUAUAUAGGGAAUACGUUACCUAUAGUAUUCGUAUUCAUCCAAAGUAUUUUUUCAUCUGAUUUAGUGAAUGGAUUUAAAAGUUUGGAUUGAUAUUACGUUUUAUAAUGUAUAAAAGAACUUGUGAUAUAUUUUUUCAACAUCAAUGUGAUAUAUUUAUUUGUUAAUAAAUUUAUGUAUUUUAUAUUUAUCAAUCAUCAUUAAAUACAGCUUUUGUCAAUGUGAAAAUUGUGAUGUUAUUGCGAAUUAAACUUAUAUUUAUAUCAAUGAUAUUUAAUCUGAUUAAUAAACUCGUCUUAUAUGCA